AUGGGGGACGACGUGGCUUUGUACUGGAGCCUCUUCCACGACCAGUUUCCAGAUGAUUGGAAGACGGAGCCAGGUUUCGUCCAGUACCUCUCUCAACUCAGUUCUCUCUCGGCCGAGAAGCUCCAGUUGGAGCCGGAGAGGUUGGAGGAAGAGAGGAGAUGUGUGUUGGGCUCCACUCAGAGACUGGCCUUCAACAACUACAAGACUUUCAUAGAGACGGCCGAGUGCUCUCAGACUGUCUUCACAGACUUUGUGUCAGUGGAGAGACAUGUGGAGCAGUUGCUGGAGAGGCUGCCAGGUUUCCUGGAGGCCUGUCAGCAGUUCUCCUCCUCAGCCCAGCAGGUCAACUCCAGUCGUCAGCAGAUGUCACUGGCUCUCUCGCGGCACUCUCAACUACUGGAGGUCCUGGAGAUCCCACAGGUUGUUGAUACGUGUGUUCGUAAUGGGUACUAUGAGGAGGCCCUUGACCUGUGUUCCCAUGUCAGACAUAUGGAGAGGAAGCACGGCCACUUGCCUAUUGUCAAGGGUAUCUGGGAAGAUGUGGAGAGGUCGAUGAGCCUCAUGCAGAGUCAGCUCCUGGCCAGUCUUAGAGCCUCCAUACAGCUGCCCGCCUGUCUCCGUGCCGUGGGGUUCCUCCGGAGGAUGGAGUGUUUCUCCCCCGCAGAACUCCGACUCCGGUUCCUCCAGGCCAGGGACACCUGGUUGACCUCUGUACUCUCGGCAAUCCCUCGAGACGACCCCUACCAUCACCUGACCAGGACUAUAGAAGUCAGCAGAGUUCAUCUCUUUGACAUCCUCACACAGUACCGGGCCAUCUUCCCCGACGAUGACUCCGCCUACCAUUCCUCCCUGACCACGCCCACCCACGUCAACGGAGCUCUCUUCUACACAUGGCUUGGGUCAAAGGUGAAUGAGUUUCUGAAGGUGUUGGAAUGGGACCUGGGCCGCGGGGUGUCUGGCCGGACAGACUCCCUCCUCUCUCAGUCCAUGUACUUUGGACUCUCGUUCAGUCGCAUCGGAGCCGACUUCAGACCUCUCAUCGUCCCCGUGUUUGUGAGAGUGACUGUCGACGUCUACCAGAGGGCCCUCCGCUCUGCCAAACACCGCCCCGCCCCCCUCCCUGGGUCCCUCGCUGACUCCGCCCACCUGUCUCUGGACCAUCCUCCGCUGGCCGGGCUGACCAACGGGAUUCUGGGGGGACUGAAUGAGGUGCGGCAGUGUGCGCCAGUGGCAGUGGGACAUGAGCUGGCCAGAGAGACGAGGAGACUUCUGGACUCCACCGUACAUGACAUCGCCGAGCUACACAGGAGGGGAGGAGGACCUUUGACCUCCGAGGAAGAGACGUCGUUUCAGCAGCUGGUGAGAGUGACUGUCCAUCACUUCCUCCCCUUCGUCGCCAAAUGCUUCUCCUCCCUCUUCACCAAACCCACCCUCACAAACCUCACACUCACCACUCCCCUCUCCUCACACCACACACCCCCUCUCUCCUCCCACACCUUGUUAGAGUGGGAGGAGCUUGAUGUCGCUGCCAUAGCAACCCCACUCCAGCCUCUCUGCCCCGAGGUGUUUGCAGAAUUGGAGCAAAUAGCCCAUGAUCAUGUGAAUGCCAUCUUGGAUCAUGUGACUGAGGUUGAUGAUAAUGUAAUCGACGCUAAAGAUCAUGUGACUAACACUGAAGAUCAUGUGACCAAUGCUGAGGAUCAUGUGACCAACAAAGAAAGUGGACCAUCUACUGGUGGUGGCAAUGAAACAGCCGACAUUCGUAACACCACAGAUCGUGUGACCACUCCCGAUAGUCAUGUGACUGGUGAUGAUGUCACUGAUUUGACCACACCCCCUCCACCCUCUCCCCAACAACCUCUGACACCCAAACUAACAGCCACAGAUACCACUACAGCAUGACAUGUCUCUCCAUUUCCUUCAAAUUACUUUUCCCUUACUCUCAAAUUUGUAUAAUAAUGCAAUUGACCUAAAAUGCA